AUUUGAGUCCAUAUUUGGCUUAAUUUUUGUGGAGUCCGUAUAAUUCUCUCUCGAAGCCUCUUUUUGUCUUUCCUUCCAACCCUAAUCGCCGUCAGCCAUUUUCCGGCCAUACACCGCCCGCCGGUUCUCUAUAGUCCAUUUCGUGGCGCUGCUGGAUUCUUCUAAUCGGUAGAACAGGAGGAGGAGUAGGAAAAACAAGCUUAAGAUGAGCAUCUAUCUGAACCGAUUAUUUCCGAGAUGUAAUUCAAGUUUAUUCUUAACCAGUGGAAAGGCCUUACAAUCUCAAGUUUUACGCAUAGGCGAAGAUAAGUUCUUGGUGGAUGCAGGAACUGGGACCCCCAGAACUUGUAUGCAAGAUGAGCUUACAAGAGUGCCAAUCAACAAAGCCAUCACUAGGUUUGAGAAUAAGGUCGGAUUCUUGGACCGAGUGGCCGGUGAAUCACAUAUCAGAAGGAAGAAUUUGGAGAGAUUAUUCAUGGAUCUAGUGGCCGGAGAGUCACUAACUAGAGAGACAGCAGCCUCCAGGUUUAAUGAUUUGGUGGGAUCCACUGAUGUAGUGGCCGGUGAAACGCCUCUUCUUCUUCCACGAAGAUUCAGACAAAACCGAGCAUGGAUGAAAUUGAACAAGAUUUGGCGAACGAAUACCAAGGUAAAAGGCUUUAUUGUUGAUAAAGUUCGAGGAGGUUAUUCAGUAGCCAUUGCGGGUUUCAUUGCGUUUCUUCCAUUCAGUUCUUACAAGAAAAGGAUAAUGAGGAGGAUAGGGAAUGAUCAAUUCACCAUUGAGAGCAUUAACCCCAAAACAUCAAAUAUUAGGGUGUUCUAAUAGAGGCAGAGCACACAAUAACUUGGUGGUAUUAACCCCAAAAAGUUAAAUAACGGGGAAGUCAUUUUUUCUUAGACUCCGGCAGAACUUUGUUUAUUUCCUAUGUUUUCUUUCGUUUUAGUGGUUCGUUAUUAACUCUUAUUAUUUCCAUUGCAUCUUAUUAUAACUACAAUUGUAAUGACAUAUUGAUUGUGGGAUAAUCACUAUUGUUAUUGUUUAUUCACAUGUUAUUGUUUAUUUCA